AUGGCGCUGGUGCUGGAUCUUCUCAGGCGGGUGCUGGAGUACUGCGGCUGGCCGCCCGACCAGGCCGUGUUUUUGGAAACUCUCAUAUUCAACAGCAGUAUCAGUCAUACAAUCAGAACAUACCUUCCUUCAGCAAUCUCAUCAAGAAGGCGUUUCCAGCAGUUAUAUGCAGUCAUAAGGAAGUAUCAGGUCAAGGUCACAUCUGUUUGCCAAAAAAAGGAAUAUGGAUCCACUCGAAGUGUUGUCCGUAGACUUGGGACAAUUCUUUCUAUAGAGCCCUAUCCAAGACCUUAUUUUCAACUUGUUCGAGACCCAAGUCCGUUGGGUUAUGAUGAACAAAGCACAGCUCCACCUCCUGUAGCUCCAUCACUUGCUGAUGUCCUGUGGGUGGCAAAUGAUGAGGGACAAGCAUUUACUAGGCUUAGGACUGAAUUAUGGAGAAAAGAAGAAAGUACAGCUUACCGCGACCUACGUCCAUCUAUAGAUUCACUACAAAGUAUUCCAAAAAACAGUACACAAAAAGACAGUCUCGUUGAUCAAGAAGCACUCCAGAAAAUUUCUGCACUUGAAGAUGAGCUAACCUUUCUUCGUGCUCAGAUUGCUGCGAUUGUUUCAGCACAGACAUUGGGAAGCAUUCCGUCACAAGCCUUUAAAGCAUUCAGCACUCCAGGUGGAUUUUACCCAGUGUCAGCCAUGACUUCUACGCCAUUGUCCGUCUCUCACAAUCACUUUGCAAUUCCCUCGCCUCCUCCACUUCCUUCUGGUAUACCAACUGGUGUUGAUCCUAGUAAUUCAGCAAUUGAACUUAUAAAACAACGUCGUGCUGCAAGAAACAGUGGUUCAACUGCAGCUGAUAGCGCUGAUCACCAGAGGACAAAGAACGUUCCUAGUAUGAUGGAUGUUUUGAAAGACCUAAACAAAGUUCAGUUGCGAGCUAUUGAGAGGUCGCCUGGAGGUACUCCUCUUUCUAGACCCAAAAAGAGGCAAAGUUCAGAUUGGGAUCCAGUUGCUUUACUAACUCAUGCACUAAAGCAGAAAUUUGCACAUAAAGAUGAUGAUGAAGAUGAUUCCCUGGACAAAGAAAAUCGAUCUUUUGAUAGCUCCCCAUUUUCUAGUCCAGAGAUCCCACUGGUUGGUCGUUGCAGUCUGAAGCCAAAUACAAAAUCUAGUUUUAUAAGAACUGAUGAAGUUAAACAGGUAUCAACGUGGAAAGUGAGAACUCAUACUUAACUGAUGGAGACUUCCGAGGAAACUUCAUAGUGUGUAUAAGUGGUGGGUCCACUUUGAAACUGCUGUAAGGUGCUGUAAUGCGUUCUAGAACAUGUCUCUCAUGCUGUUGAAAUUUGGGUUGUAGGGUUUGUAAAAUUGCCUCUUCAUUCUCCUUAGUUUCCCAGCAGCCAAGCUUGUGAAUGUGAAGCACAUAACCAAAAAAAGGUUUUUAUUGCUAUGGAGCGGUGUGUUUGAAGCCUGGGAAAUGCAGGAAAUCAGUGUGUGUGAAAGACAGAUAAUUAUUGGUGUGGCAGCUGAAGUGUGCACUCUGUUUGCACUUUCGUGUAAAUAACGAGGAGGAGUAAACUUUUUGUUAGUGUGUUUAUAUGUAACUGACUGUAUAUAAUUAAUGGUAGCUAAUACUGUUUCAUUA